AGACAAUGGGAUCAUUCGAUAGAUCCAAGAAGAAAGUUCUGUUAUGGAAGAAAGCUAUCUUCCAUUUCUCUUUAUGCUUUGUUAUGGGAUUCUUUACAGGCUUUGCUCCAACCAGUAAAGCUCCAAUUUUGUUUAGACAGUAUCCUCCUUCACCCACAUCACAGCAAGCUCAUCAGCUCUCCAGCAAUACCAGUAUUUCACCAACACCUCAAUCGCCCCGGCCAGUCCCAAUCCCAGUCCCAGUUCCAUCAACUUCUAAAGAAGCAGAUGGUGCAAAGUUAAUAACGAAAAUGGAAAAAGGAGAUGAAGAAGAGAUGAGCCCUAGAGCGCUGAUAAUAAUAGUGACUACGAUUAUUAGCAAAAACAGUCCUGGUUAUGAAGGAGUGUUUUUGAGGAGGUUAAGUAAUACUUUGAGGUUGGUGGAUCCGCCAUUGUUGUGGAUGAUAGUUGAAGGGCAAUCAGAUUCUAAUCAAGUGUCGGACAUUGUUAGCAAAACAGGAAUAAUGUAUAGAUAUUUGGUGUGCAAACAAAAUUUUAGUAACCCAGAAACUGAGUUAACUCACCACAGAAACCUUGCUCUCAGUCACAUUGAACACCACAGGUUGAGUGGGAUUGUUCAUUUUGCCAGUCUAUCCAACACGUACGAUCUUCAUUUCUUCCAUCACCUCCGAGAUAUUGAGGUAUUUGGGACAUGGGCAAUGGCAUUAGUAUCAGCAAAGAAGCAGAAGGUGAAAAUUGAAGGGCCUGUAUGCGAAUCUUCACAAGUAAUUGGAUGGCACUUGAAUAAUAAAACUGGGCCAGAUAAUUACAAUAUUCAUAUUUCGACUUUUGCAUUCAAUAGCUCCAUUCUUUGGGACCCUGAGAGGUGGGGUCGACCUUCAUCUGCUCAACGCACCAACCAGAAUUCAAUCAAAUACGUGAAAGAAAUAAUUGUUGAAGAUGAGGGAAAAUUGAAAGGAAUCCCACCAUCAGACUGUUCAAAGAUCAUGCUUUGGCAUUUUCCGUUUUCCUGAUGUAACUCCUCCAAUCAGUUAAUAUCAGCUUUCGUGUUUUAUGCAUGGAGAAAAUUAAUCAAGAAGACGGCAUAUCAUCUCAAGAAGAAGAAGAUACACUUUUAAGAUGAGUGAAGAAGAAAACUGAUCCUGUAUGUAUAUAUAUAUAUACACUUACAAUGCAACUGUCAAGUUUCUUUUUCAAUUUUUGUCCCCGUAGAAAUUUG